AGCCACGCGACGUCUCAAUGGUAGAGUGGGCGGGACCAGGACAAAUAUGGCGGCGCCCGCAACUGCAGCUGAGCCGCAGGCUUCGGGGGAACUUCGGCCCCCAGUGUGUCUUUUGGUGUUGGGAAUGGCGGGAUCUGGGAAAACCACCUUUGUACAGAGGCUCACAGGACACCUGCAUAGCCAAGGCUCUCCACCUUAUGUGAUCAACCUGGACCCAGCUGUGCAUGAAGUUCCCUUUCCUGCCAAUAUUGAUAUUCGUGACACUGUGAAGUAUAAAGAAGUGAUGAAACAAUAUGGACUUGGGCCCAACGGCGGCAUAGUGACCUCACUCAAUCUCUUUGCUACUAGAUUUGAUCAGGUAAUGAAAUUUAUUGAGAAGGCCCAGAACAUGUCUAAAUAUGUCUUGAUUGACACACCUGGACAGAUUGAAGUAUUCACCUGGUCAGCUUCUGGGACAAUCAUCAGUGAGGCCCUGGCAUCUUCAUUUCCAACAAUUGUCAUUUAUGUGAUGGACACAUCGAGAAGUACCAACCCAGUGACCUUCAUGUCCAAUAUGCUCUAUGCCUGCAGCAUCUUGUAUAAAACCAAGCUGCCUUUCAUUGUGGUCAUGAAUAAAACUGACAUCAUUGAUCACAGCUUUGCAGUGGAAUGGAUGCAAGAUUUUGAGGCUUUCCAAGAUGCCCUGAAUCAAGAGACUACGUAUGUUAGUAACCUAACUCGUUCAAUGAGCCUGGUAUUAGAUGAGUUUUACAGCUCACUCAGGGUGGUGGGUGUGUCUGCUGUUCUGGGUACAGGCUUAGAUGAACUCUUCAUGCAAGUCACUAGUGCUGCAGAAGAAUAUGAAAGGGAAUAUCGUCCUGAAUAUGAGCGUCUGAAGAAAUCACUGGCCAGUGCACAGAGCCAGCAGCAGAAAGAACAACUGGAACGCCUCCGGAAAGACAUGGGCUCUGUAGCCUUGGACACAGGGACUGCCACAGACAGCUUAUCUCCUGUGCGGGACCCUUCUGACUUGAUCCUGACUCGAGGAACCUUGGAUGAAGAGGAUGAGGGAGCAGACAGUGACACUGAUGAUAUUGACCACAGAGUUACAGAGGAAAGCCAUGAAGAGCCAGCAUUCCAGAAUUUCAUGCAAGAAUCAAUGGCACAGUACUGGAAGAGAAACAAUAAAUAGUUUCUAGAAGUCCAAAAGUUUGGAACCCUGAAAAAACUAUCCUUACCUGUGAUUGGGGGUUACUAUAAAGGACAAUUUUGUUUAGAAUAGCAGAGUUUCUCUUAAGAUAAUCUCCUGACUCAGGUGAAGCCAGGGAUAGAAAACGUUUGGACCUGGCAGGUAGAUGCCAUUUCCCUUGGAUUUUUGCAAGCUUGAAGGAUAUUCUUUUCUUGGAUGCUGAUUUUCCUUCAAGAGUAAAACCUCGAGCUAUCAUUUGAACUCAAGUACUUUUGCUACUGACGGAUGGAAUAGAGAGAACUUAUUGUUAAUUUCACAUCUCUAUCAUGAGACUGGAUCUAUAGCCUCUACUUCCCUAGCAUCUUGCCUUUGACCCAUGAGUUCCCUUCCUUUUAGCAGAAAGGGAGAGGGGAAACAUGAGCUUGUCCAGGGUGGCAGUGGAGUCUCCUUGGCAACCAAUCAAUGUUAGUAUGCACUGUGCCUCACACUGGGUAGCUCAUUACAGGACACCAGGUUUGUUGAAGAAAGUAGGCAAAACAUAAUAAGAAUCCUGCUUUCAAUGGUCACUUGGAUAAAGUUUUUAACUUUGUUGUGGGCUUUUCUGUCAUAAUUUCAAAUAAGAAAAUUAUAUAAUGGCAGAUUCAUUUCUGUUCAACAGAGGUUUAAAGCCACAUGUCCAAACGUGUCUCAGUAAGAGGUGGUGGUUACGAAAGUUUCACCUGUAUACAUACUUGGUAACCAGGUACAGAGCCAGGCCCCAUUUGUAUUGUACUUUGAACUUAAUACAGAGUGUCCUUGGUGAUUUGCUCAAAAGACCAUAGAAUGUCAAGUGUACAUUCCAUAUAUAACAGUCAUGAUAAGGGUUUACCCUGCCUCCAUAUUCUUCACAAUAUCUUAAAACAUAGAACACUUCUCUUAAGGAAUUUUAUCCCUGCCUAAACUGUACUCUAAUUCAGUAGUUCUGUACCACUGGACCAGAAACAUAAGCAUCACUGGGGAAAUUGUUAGAAACUGGACACUGAAGACCUGAAUCAGAAACUGGGUGUGGGGGGCCAGCAAUCUCUUUGAACCACUGCUCUAACUCAAAUAGCCUGUAACAAUUCCAGGCCAGCUCCUUACAUGACCUGCUUUAUCUCAGUACCCUAACCUUGACCAUCUGGUGCCUAUUCUCAAAUUUAAACAUUCUAAAAAUAAAAGUAUUUUAUUUUACCAUGAA